AACAAUUGUUGUUGAGAUGUUGACUUGAAGAGCCGGCCUUAAGCGACACAAAAUUAUUAUUUAAAAACAUUGUCGUGGUGACGCAAAGGUUUCAAAUGAACAGUGAACCGGUUGGUUAUAGAGAGAUGCAUGGGUAGUGCGUGUGCGCCUGGUGGUUAAGCUACUAAUAACAGCGUGAUGCAUUUACGCGAGCUUGCACUCGCCGCCUCCGGACAGUGCCGUUGUAGAAGAAGAUGCUGAAUCAGCUACGCGCUCGUGAAAUAGACUACCCUGGAUAGGCUAUGUCUCCUUUUCAAAUUUCACAAAUGUCUCCCUUGCUUCUGACAAUAGAAGACGAUACAUUGGCACAGCGUUGGGAAUAGUUUAUUUUCACAUUUUGCUGCUGGAAAUAAAUCGGCUGCCUGUCUAGAGAGAUGUGCAUCGCCCCAAAGGAGACAUCAAGUUUGACAACUGUAACCAUCUAGGCUACGAUGAAGCAGGGUGCACGAGGAGUUAGAGCAUUUGGUUUGUCUGGAGACUUUAUGUUACCGCUUAUAUCAAUGGCAUGACUAUUUCACCACGCACAAUGGAGGAUAAAUCCAACAAACUCAUUUGGAUUCCGAUACUGGCCGUGGUCUUCUUGAUGAUAGGCUAUCAGUACAUUUGUCCAGCCGGCAGUAACGCUUGUCGCUUCCUAACUGGGGACAAGUUGAGUGGAAUGUUCCGCCAAUAUCACUCGGGGGACGACAUUUACGCGUACCAAGAAGGGCUGGAGUCGGAGGGUUCCUCAAAAAUMUUGUCCAAAUUCAAUUUUACUGACCGAGACCUUGAGCGACACGUGGAUUUCAACAUCAAAGGAGAUGACGUUAUAGUGUUCCUCCACAUCCAGAAGACCGGUGGGACUACUUUCGGACGGCAUCUUGUCCGAAACAUUCACCUCGAACAGCCGUGUGAUUGUAUGCCCGGACAGAAGAAGUGUACCUGUCACCGCCCGGGCAAAGCGGAGUCCUGGCUUUUCUCCAGGUUCUCUACUGGCUGGAGUUGUGGUCUACAUGCGGACUGGACCGAGCUCACUAACUGCGUGCCUGUAGUGAUGAACAAGAAAGACAAGAAGGAUGCUCAGAGGAACGGACGGAACUUCUACUACAUCACCAUGCUGAGGGACCCRGUCUCCCGCUACCUGAGCGAGUGGAAGCACGUGCAGCGCGGCGCCACCUGGAAGACAGCCCUGCACYUGUGUGACGGCCGCUCUCCCACCCAGGACGAACUGCCCGCCUGCUACAGUGGCGACGACUGGACCGGGGUCACGCUGACCAACUUCAUGGARUGCCCUUCCAACCUGGCCAACAACCGGCAGGUCCGCAUGCUGGCCGACCUCAGCCUGGUGGGCUGCUACAACGUCUCCACCUUCACCGCCGGCGCCGAACGGGAGCGCGGCCGCGUCCUACUAGCCAGUGCCAAGAACAACCUCCGCAACAUGGCCUUCUACGGCCUGACCGAGUUCCAGCGCAAGACGCAGUACCUGUUUGAGCGGACGUUCGGCCUGCGCUUCAUCCAGGCUUUCACGCAGAUCAACAGCACGCGGGCGGCCAGCGUGGGGGUGGGGGAGGGGGCUCUGCGGCGGCGCAUCGAGGGGCUCAACGCCCUGGACGUGGAGCUGUACGAGUAUGCCAAGGAGCUGUUCCUCCGGAGGUACCAGUACAGCCACCAGACACAGCACCGGGAGCAGAGGRUGAGGAGGAGGCAGGAGAGGCAGGAGGAGAGGCAGRGGCUACACCAGCACAGYGCCCCCAUCUCCAAAGCCAGGAGGGAGGAGGAGGAGAGGGAGAUAGAGGGGGUGGAAGGGGAGGAGGUGGGAGGUGUAGCCACCACAGAGGACUACAGCAGCCAGGUGGUGAGAUGGUGA